CCUACUCUAUUUUAGAACAAGGCUGGCUGGCUGUUAAUGGCGGAUGACGCUAAAAGUUUAUUGAAAAAAAUUGAUAAUUUUUGUGAUUGUUAUUUGCUUGUUAAUCUGAAGUAUUCAUCUUGUAUUUGUUAUUUUUAAGUGUUGAGUAAAAAUGUUGGGAUCUGGGGACAGCACCCAUAUCGUAAAGCUGAGGGGGUUACCUUUCUCCACUACUGUUGAGGAUGUCCUCGAUUUCUUGAACGGCGUGAACGUGAUCAACGGCAAAGAAGGUGUACAUCUAACGGAGGUACGGCCGGGGCGUCCAUCAGGAGAAUGUUUUGUGGAGGUGCAAUCUCAGGAAGAUAUAGAGGAAGCAUUGAAGAAAGAUAAGGAGAACAUGGGGAAGAGAUAUAUUGAGGUCUUCUCAACAGAUCGCCAAGACAUGGAAUGGGCACUAAACGCAAUGCGCCAAAACGAAAAUGGUUUUGGAGGUAUCCCAAACCUGUCUGACGAUAUGGGCAUUGUCAAAUUGAGAGGUUUGCCUUUUGGGUGCUCCAAAGAGGAAAUCAUUCAAUUCUUCAACGGGUUACCAGUAGCCCCGGACGGGGUGCACUUGCUAUCGGACCACACGGGGCGGGCCUCGGGCGAGGCGUUCGUACACUUCACUGACAAGGCUAGCGCCCAGGAGGCCCUCAGCAGGGACAGGGAGAAAAUAGGACACAGGUACAUAGAGGUGUUCCUAAGCUCGGCUGACGAGGUCCGAUCGUACAGCGCCAGGAUGGAGGAUGGCUUCCGAUCAUCUCGGGGCUACCGACCCACACCGUACGACCGCGGCGAUCGGUUCCCGGGAGGACGUUUUGGUGCGAGAGGGCGCGGUGGAUACGGCAGCAGCGGAUACGGCGGCGGCCGUGGUGGGUUCCGUUCUCGCGGCGGUGGCGGUGGCGGCGGUGGCGGCGGCUCAUGCCAUUCCGUGCACAUGCGAGGGCUGCCCUUCAAGGCCUCGCCGCAGGACAUCGCCUAUUUCUUCAAGCCGAUCCGGCCGGUGAACAUCAACAUCCUGUACGACAACAGCGGACGGCCGUCGGGCGAGGCCGAUGUGGAGUUUGAGUGCCACGAGGACGCCAUGAGAGCGAUGCGGCGCGACAAGAAUAACAUGGACCACCGCUACAUCGAGCUGUUCCUGAACUCGUCGCCGGGCGGCUCCGCCGGCUUCAAGCCCAACCGCAGCUUCCGCAACUACUGAGCGGCGCCGGCGCCCGGCCGGGGUCACAUCGCAGAACAGCGCGGCCUUCGCAGGAACCACUACUCAACAUGCACUUCAGGCCCUUGCAACAGGAUCGCACGAUAAUGGAUUUAAACACACUUCGCGUUCGGAACGGUAUAUGCAGACAUGGGCAGCGGGUUAGAACCCUAUCAACCCAACAGGGUUUUUACCCAAAGCGACGGUUGUAACCCAUUUCUGUCCAAAAUUGUGGGCGAAAACGUAUACGCUUAAAAUAAUAAGGAAUAUAGUAUAAUUUCGUACUUAUUACAAAUUUCGAUUUAAAAAAUCUUUUUUUAGACAAACGAGAGGCACUCCACACGCCUUGCAAUCCUGUAAACUCUCGUUUCCUACUAAGGAUACGCAUUACGAUUCGAUUUUUAUGAUAAUCUCAAAACAGAGUAUUAAAAAACCGACCUCAAAGUUCGUAGAAUUACGUCUAUUUUCACACGCAAAAUAGGCGCCUUGACGUCGAGUUGUGGCUACCAGCCCGUUACGCCAAGUACCAAGUGCGUCUAUUUUCAAAAUUUUAUUGAAAUCGGUUACCGGAAAGUGCGCGAAACCGUUGGAGGUGGAAUAUUUUUUUCAAAUUUAAAUGGAACCACUACCAAGGUAACUAACAAGAAAUAAUCGUCAGAAUCCUUUCACAAAUUAUCGGAGUUAUCGAGUAACAUACAAAAGAAAUACAGUUGAAUUGACAACAAUUGACUUCAAAAAGGAGGACUUUUUGAAGUCGGUUAAAAAUCGGUUCAAAUGUAUACGAUAACGAGGUUUUGUCGCUAUCGAAUAGUUUCAAUACGAUUUUCAAGCGAAUCGACUCAAUUGAAAAGCAAAAUAUAUAAGCAAGCAUUAAACAUUUUGAAAUAAUAAUAUCAUUACAUUUGAACAAAAUACUCGAUUUACAAAUAUUUAGUUGUAAAUAGUUUUUGCCCUCGAUUUCGGGCAUUAAUGGUUCUUAACCCGUUAAACCUAGCGUUAACAUAGCGCCGGGUUACAACCCAACCGCUUGCCCAUCUCUGGUACUGUAAUAUCUUCAUGCGAGGGCCAUUUACUUGGAGAGAGUUUAUCGCCCGCUAUUUCUUUGUUAUUAAUAAUUAUAACAGACUAGUGGAGUAAUAACAUUAAAAAAAAAAUAACAUCAUGAUAGUAAAACAUUGUGACUCACAAUGUUUUAC